CAAGGAAGCAAUAUCAACAUUAGGCAGGCGGGGCGAGAUCUCGGGAACCAGCGGAGCGAUGGCGGCGAAGGGGAGAACUGAGAUGGAGGUGGGCGCCGACGGAGUCGCCGUCAUCACCAUCUGCAACCCGCCCGUCAACUCCCUCUCUAUCGAUGUACUGGUAAGCUUAAAGGAAAGCUAUGAAGAAGCUCUUCAGAGGAAGGAUGUCAAAGCUAUUGUUGUUACAGGGAAAGGAGGAAAAUUUUCUGGAGGAUUUGAUAUUAGUUCCUUUGGUAAUCUUCACAGUGGAGAAAUUGAGCAGCCAAAGGUUGGCUACAUAUCAAUAGAUAUUAUUACUGAAACUCUGGAAGGAGCAACAAAGCCAUCGGUGGCUGCAAUUGAUGGUCUUGCUCUUGGUGGAGGAUUGGAAGUUGCCAUGGCAUGCCAUGCACGUAUUUCGACUCCCACUGCUCAAUUAGGUCUUCCAGAACUUCAACUUGGAAUAAUUCCAGGAUUUGGAGGAACACAGCGACUCCCACGUCUUGUUGGACUGACAAAGUCACUUGAGAUGAUGUUGCUUUCCAAGCCGAUUAAGGGUGAAGAGGCACACCAACUGGGUCUUGUUGAUUCCUUAGUUUCUCCUAAUGAUUUGGUGAAUGCUGCUCGUCGUUGGGCUUUGGAUAUCUGUGAACUGAAAAGGCCAUGGAUCAAAAGUCUUUACAAGACUGACAAACUAGAACCCCUUGGUGAGGCUAGGGAGAUUCUCAACUUUGCAAGGGCUCAAGCUCGAAAGCAGGCUGCAAACCUUGAGCACCCACUUGUUUGUAUUGAUGUCAUUGAAGAAGGUAUAGUUUCAGGACCUCGAGCUGGGCUCUGGAAGGAAGCAAAUGCAUUCCAGUCCCUUCUUUUCUCAGAUACAUGUAAAAGCUUACUUCAUGUAUUCUUCUCUCAGCGUGCAACAUCAAAGGUUCCUGGUGCUACAGACUUGGGGUUGAUGCCUAGGAAAAUAACGAAAGUUGCCAUUCUAGGUGGUGGACUUAUGGGUUCUGGAAUUGCUACUGCGAUGAUACUAAGUAACUAUCCUGUGCUACUCAAAGAAGUAAACGAGAAAUUUCUGAAUGCUGGAAUUGACAGGAUUAAAGCCAAUUUGCAGAGUCGAGUGAGGAAAGGAAAAAUGACAGAGGAGAGAUAUGAGAAGGCUCUAUCUCUUGUCACUGGUACCCUUGGUUAUGAAAAGUUCAAAGAAGUGGAUUUAGUUAUCGAGGCUGUUAUUGAGAAUGUGAAAUUGAAGCAGCAAAUAUUUGCCGACUUGGAGAAGCACUGUCCUUCCCAUUGCGUCCUUGCUACCAACACAUCUACCAUUGAUCUUAAUCUAAUUGGAGAGAAAACAAAGUCCCAAGACCGUAUAGUUGGUGCACACUUCUUCAGCCCUGCGCAUGUAAUGCCACUUCUGGAAAUAGUCCGUACCCAGCACACAUCAGCACAGGUUGUUGUUGACUUGCUGGAUGUCGGGAAGAGAAUCAAGAAGACGCCAAUAGUGGUUGGAAAUUGUACUGGUUUCGCCGUCAACAGGAUGUUCUUUCCUUAUACCCAAUCAGCACUCCUGUUUGUCGAUUAUGGUAUGGAUGUUUACAAGAUCGACCGUGCGUGUACCAAAUUUGGAAUGCCCAUGGGUCCAUUCAGACUUGCAGAUCUUGUUGGUUUUGGUGUUGCCGUGGCGACUGGUAUGCAGUACCUUGAAAAUUUCCCGGAGAGAGUCUACAAGUCGAUGCUAAUUCCUCUUAUGAUGGAGGACAAAAGGGCAGGUGAAGCCACUCGGAAGGGGUUUUACAAGUACGAGGAUAAGAGGAAGGCAACUCCUGAUCCUGAAAUUAUGACAUAUAUUCAGAAAUCUAGGAGCAUGGCAGGAGUCACACCAGACCCCGAGCUGAUGAAGCUAACUGACAAGGACAUAGUUGAGAUGGUGUUCUUCCCAGUCAUAAACGAAGCCUGCCGUGUCCUUGAUGAGGGCAUUGCAGUCAAGGCUUCUGACCUUGAUAUUGCCUCAAUCUUCGGCAUGGGAUUCCCACCUUACAGGGGAGGUGUCAUGUUGUGGGGCGAUUCCAUCGGUGCAAAGUACAUCCAUGACAAGUUACAGGAGUGGGCGAAGCGGUACGGCAGCUCCUUCGAGCCUUGCUCCUACCUUGCCGAAAGAGCGGCAAAAGGGAUUCCGCUGAGUGCACCAUCAAAUCAAGUCAAGGCUCGGCUAUAAAUGGUACACCUGGUAUUUCUGUCACUAAAGGAAUUAUGUUACCCGAGUAAUAAUGCUCAAUCGAAGGCGGUGUU